AUGGCACCCGCUCUUACGGACGCUCUGCCUACGGCCCCUCACAAUCUGUCGGCCCCGCUGGAAAUCUUCCCCGAUGGCUUGCGGACCACUGGUCAGCACGCUCCACUGUAUGAGCACAUUCGACCUUUUGACCGCUUUCCGCGCGAGAUCACUGGUCCUACUGUCUGGAAGGCGGAGGAUUACCGUGAGAACCCGGAGAAGUGGACUCACAAGUUCACGCCCGAGCAGGUCGCGGAGCUUAGCACUGCGGCCGAUGCUUUCCUUGCUUCCAAGACCCCUCUGACUGGUAUCACUAAGAGCAACUUUCGCCUUCCCAAUCUGGCCGAUUUCUUGGAGUCCCUCCGUCUUGAUAUCAUCGAUGGCAAGGGCUUCAUCUUGUUCAAGGGCUUCCCUGUUGAGGAAUGGGGCAACCACAAGUCUGCUGUCGCAUACAUGGGUCUGGGUACCUACCUGGGCUACUUCGUUAGCCAAAACAGCCGCGGCCACGUUCUGGGCCACGUGAAGGAUCUGGGUGAGGAUUCCACUCAGAUUGACAAGGUCCGCAUCUACCGCACAAACGCUCGUCAAUUCUUCCACGCCGACGACUCCGACAUUGUUGGCCUCCUCUGUAUCGCUAAGGCCCUGGAGGGCGGCGAAUCAGACAUUGUCUCCUCCCACCACGUCUACAACACUCUCGCCGCCGAGCGCCCCGAUGUCCUCAAGACCCUUACCGAGCCAAUCUGGUACUUCGACCGCAAGGGUGAGACCAGCAAGGGCCAGGAAGAAUACAUCCGCACCAGCGUGGUCUACCUCGAGCGCGGCGAGAACGGCCGCGUCUACACCAAGUGGGAUCCCUACUACGUCCGCUCUCUCUCCCGGUUCUCCGACGCCGGGAUCAUUCCCCCUCUCUCUGCUGAGCAACAAGAAGCUAUUACCGUCCUCGAAAAAACCUGCAACCGCCUCUCCCUGCACAUGAUCCUCGAUGUUGGAGAUAUCCAGUUCCUCGCCAACUCGCACAUCCUGCAUGCUCGCACUUCUUAUGUGGAUCACGCCCCGCCUACUCCCCGUCGUCACCUGAUGCGUCUUUGGUUGGCGACGCCCGAGAACGAGGGUGGCUGGAAGUUGCCGUUCUGGGAUAGCAAUGAGAAGAAGCGCGGGGGUAUUCAGGUCGAUGAUCAGCCGCCUGUUGCGCCUUUGGAUGCGGAGUAA